AUGGCCAGUCAACUCGGGCUCUUUCCCUUUUCAUCUGUGAUACCGACCAACCUUGCUGGGCCUCUGCUGACUGACGAAACUGCCGUCGGUUUCUCGAGCUUGUCCACAUGUUUGGGCCCUGUUGGCGACUUUGAGUCGAGUCCCACUUCCGCCACACCCGUCACAGAGGCGGCGUUGCACUGCUCAAGCAGGCUGGCGACCCACGAAGGUCUGCCGACAAAGCAAGACGAACCGGUCCGCUCUGCUCGACCAGCGGGUGUUUACAUUUCCGCCUCAUCUUCCUCCUCUUCGUCCUCUUCGCCCUCGGCAUCCUCGACUCCGCCAGUCGCCUCGAGGCAUCAACCAUCGGCCUUCUCCCAUCGCUUUUCACACGCCGCCGGAUUGUCUCCAGGCCUCGAAUCGAUCGGCCUGAUUGGUCACUCACCUACUUCCGGUUCGCCCCAACCACUCAGCACACACUUGCCCCCAGAACAGGCGCCGCACACCGCCUCUUUGGCGCCAUCAGUCAUCCCGUCGCCUCCAUUGCCCAACCAGCCUCUGGUUGAUCUUUGCUCUGGUGGUACAGUUUCGAAUGCUCUCAAGCUCAUCCCCAUGUCAACUUCGUCUAUCUGUCUUUCUUCUGGUCCUUCGCCGCUGCCCAUGACGACGUUUUCGGAGCUUCCAUCUCAUCCGCAGGCACCACCAUCUCUUUUAUUUCUCGGCUCUCGGCUUCUGUCGGAGCCUGACGUUUUUUCGCCCGGCCCUCUGGACAUGUCGCAGUCGACUAGCGUUCAGACACAUGCAGGGUUGGCCGUAGACCCCACGUCUGGUUACCAUGACGUCUUGGCAACAGGGGCCAAGCCAGUCGCCAAUGACGGCUACAGCCUUUUGCGUCAGAUGGUGUUCAAAAGCCUGAUCCAGGCUCACGCGGCCAAUCCGACAGCCUAUCCACAAGUGCUCUUCUCCCUUGCUAACCAACCACUUGGGCAGUCGUCUUCUGUGCCUGAUGUGGCGGGAUUCGGACCGAUGAAUGCUUCACCACCGCCCCUCGCGCUGUCGGUUCCUUUGCAGACUUCGCUGAUGCCAGAUUCGGAGGGCCAUCUGCCGGGACUGGGACGUAUCGGCCUGGGUCAAGAAGAGGCGACCAGACACACGGUCCGUGGGGCCGGUCCGGACAGGCUGGACGAAACUGUUGGGCCAAUUCGUCAGCUUGCCCGAUUCUCCUGUCCACCCUCGUCACCACUGCCCGGGACCAAUCAGACCAAUCAGACCAAUCAGACCAUUCAGACCAAUCAGGUUGGACAAUCGGUACGACACCCGGCCAGGCCAACGCUGCAUGCCCGCCGGCGGAGUUCGCUUCUGCUCGGCCACUCUUCUUCAGGACCGCCUCGAUGCAGCUAUUCCUGCCUACCGCGUAAGAGCGACGAGUCUGCUGUACCCUACUCCUCAGCAACUGAUAAGGUGACUCCCGCAUCCGGCCGAAGCUCCGGGGCGUCGUCAGGGUCACAGGGCUCUUUGGCGUCAAUGUCUGGUGCUGUCGGCAACAAUAUGGAGCAGUGGAAACGAUUCAAGUGCUCCGGAUGUGGACAUCGUUCCAACUGGAAGUGGGACAUCAACAAACACAUCAAGGUGGGUCUGAAAGCCAGCCAACUGGGCUUUUCUGCCGUGGUAUGGCUGGUAGAACUGGUCUAUCGUCCUCUCAUACGUUUGCAGGUGGCGCAUCCGGAGCGUAAGAAUAUCGUCACAAUCACAAUGAAUCUUGAAGAGGCGAAAGCCACUCUGGACGACUACCUAAAUCGCCUGCUUUCUCGGCGUACUCAACGACCAGCCUCGGCCGACAGCCAUUGCAGUUCUGGCCAGAGUAUUGAAAACUCGGGCUGCUUGGCGUCAAGCCUCAUUCAGGGCGGUCAGGACGGUUGCCAGGGCGCAGGUGACCAGUGCGACCGCGAGUCGGGGCCGGGCGGACUGAGCGGAAGCAGAGGAGGCCUAAGCGGAGAGAGCAAUCCUUUGAUGGCAGGCGGUGGAGAGUCGACCGAUGCCAAUCCCUCCGACUCGGCUGGAGGCAGCCUUGCGGGCGAGGGCUAUUAUAGGCCCUACAUGUGCAUGACCUGUGGCCACCGAAGCAACUGGCGCUGGGACGUUAAGAAGCACAUGAAGCAAAUGCACAAUAGCAUUGGCCAACUGGUGACGCUAUCCAACGAGGAAGCGAAGCGCACCAUCGGUCAGUAUAAAAGCAGGCGCAAGCAGGCAACCCUCGCUCGCCAGCAGGCUCUUCUCGGCCUCGACUCGACAUCGACGUCAGCUGCGUCUGCCUUGUCGUCAACGGCGUCGACCUCGCCGUCAGUCAUUGCCUCUUGUGCCGAUGCAGCCUUCAUGUUGGCGACGACAGAUUUCGCCACAGUUUGCUCCACCGAAUCCGCCCCACAGCGGCGACGCUCCGUUGAUAUGGGCCGUGUCCUCGCCGGUCUCCCGGAUUCGGGCCCCGGCUCCAGCUCCGGCAUCUCGCGGCCUGGAGUACGACUGAUCUACGAGACCCAGGCAGUUGUCGAGGCUGCAGCAGCAGCUGUUGAGGUCAGGCUUGCCCACUUUGCUUCUCGCUACUUUUGCCACCUCGUCUUUUUCUACAGAAUUAUAGCCAAUUUGCCUUGA